UAUCACCACCACUCCUUGAGCACCAACCUCACUUGCUCGCGCAGCGUCAGAGCAAAAAAAAAAUAGCCGUGUCGGCGAAUUUGCAGGCAAGAGCACAAAAAAACUACUCUUUUUUUUGCCCUUUGCAUAGCGGCUGGAGUACACGCACCGCACUUAUUUUGGUUAUACAAUUUUGCCGGAUUGACGUUCGCAGCUGGCCCUCGUCACCGCCCCGCGCCAUCCGUUAAACGCCAGCGCAUUCGUAUUGUUGUUAUUGUGCGUGUGUUUUUGCAUUUUGGCCGAAAUGUCGAAGAACAAGCUGAACCUGGUGCUGCCGCCGGUUAACACGGAGGCAACUGUUGCCGCCGCACAAGUGGCUCCAACGCCGCCAUUUAAGACACCAUCGGGCACAGAAACACACAGCUUGCUGGGAAAGCCAAAAACGAGCAUUGAUGCAUUAACUGAGACUCUAGAAGGCCUGGACAUGGACGACACGGAGCGCAAGCGGAUAAAGGUGUUCCUCAGCCAGAAGGAGAAGAUUGGCGAACUUUCCGACGAGGACCUCGAGAAGCUGGGCGAACUGGGCUCUGGAAACGGCGGCGUUGUCAUGAAAGUCCGACACACUCACACAAACCUGAUAAUGGCGAGGAAACUGAUUCAUCUGGAGGUGAAGCCGGCCAUCAAGAAGCAAAUCCUACGCGAACUAAAGGUCCUACACGAGUGCAACUUCCCACACAUUGUCGGCUUCUACGGCGCCUUCUACAGCGACGGUGAGAUUAGCAUAUGCAUGGAGUACAUGGACGGCGGCUCACUCGAUCUCAUACUGAAGCGGGCCGGUAGAAUACCUGAGUCGAUCCUGGGACGCAUCACGCUCGCCGUUCUGAAAGGCCUCAGCUACCUGCGGGACAAGCACGCUAUCAUCCACCGGGAUGUGAAGCCGAGCAACAUCCUGGUCAAUAGCAGCGGAGAGAUAAAGAUCUGUGAUUUCGGAGUGUCGGGCCAGCUGAUUGACUCAAUGGCCAACUCGUUUGUGGGCACACGCAGCUACAUGUCACCGGAACGCCUGCAGGGCACUCAUUACUCAGUGCAGUCGGACAUUUGGUCGCUGGGACUGUCGCUGGUGGAGAUGGCCAUCGGCAUGUAUCCCAUACCGCCGCCAAAUAACGCCACUUUAGAGUCGAUCUUUGCCGACAAAAGCGAGGAUAGCAAUCAGCCCGUAGAUGAGCCAAGGGCGAUGGCCAUCUUCGAGCUGCUCGACUAUAUAGUGAACGAACCGCCGCCCAAGCUGGAGCAUAAGAUAUUCUCCAGCGAGUUCAAGGACUUUGUCGACAUCUGCCUCAAGAAGCAGCCCGACGAGCGGGCCGAUCUCAAGACUCUGCUGAGUCAUCCGUGGAUACGCAAGGCGGAGGUGGAGGAGGUGGAUAUAUCCGGAUGGGUGUGUAAGACAAUGGACCUGCCGCCGUCGACGCCAAAACGCAAUACUUCGCCCAACUAAAUGAGGCAUUCCGUUGUACGUUUUUCGCUCCCCAUUCACCAUUCACCAUCGGCCCUCUCACCCGCCGUGCCGCUCUCACUAACGCACACAAAAACACAUACACGUUAUCUAUUUGUAUGUAGCUAAGUACUGUACUGUUGUAUCAUAUACACAUAUAUAUAGAUCGAUAUACAUCGUAUACAUAUGUUAUAUAUUUCCAUUUCUUUCGAAUCCUUCCGAUGUCUCUGUGUGUUUCUAUUUUGCUCUUUUACAAAGAAAAAUUCAUGUUUCAUUUCUCCGCAAUAAAAGGAGAAAACAAUCAAGAAAUGCAAGAAAACUAAUUAUAAAAUCGAAAAUAAAACAUCCAAGUUAAACCAUGAUCCAGAAGG